GUGGACAGCAGAUGCUUGGGGAGAAGGCCAGCAUGCAAGUGACAAGGAUUUCAAUGCUCUGGUGGAUCCACACAAUGUGCCCGAUCAGACGUGGCCAGCUACGACAGCUGAGGACAGUCACAAGGCGUGGCCAAUGGGCCGCCAACCAGAGCUCCUUGCUGCAUGGCCAGUCCGAGAUGGAAAGAUUGCCAUGUGCUGGCAGUCACAAGUCUUGAAGGACAUUCAAGAUGGUUGGCCAGGACAGUGUGUUGGCCUUGCGGUAGUACAAGCACCAACGGUUGAGAAGUGUCGCAUCUCGUGCACAAAUCAGCCAAGGUGUCCAGUGUGGCAGUUCAACCCUGGACAAAUUGAAGGUGGUUGCUGGCAAGGGCAGGGCUAUCAUUGCAACAAGCGGAAUGGCUUCUCCACAGUGCAAUUCUCUGGAGGGCAGCGUAUCCAGCAUGGCAGUGUCAGGGUGGUGAAGCAAAUGGCUGGCAUUGAAGUGCACAACCUUCGACUGAUUGGGAAACUCAGCGACUCAGACCAGAGGGGCGAUAUCGCCAGAUGCAGGGAACUUUGCCACUCAGACAUCCUAUGCCAGUACUGGCAGUACGGAAGAGAUGGUUGUCAAGUGGAAGAUCCAGCGUACAGCAGCGUGCAGUACCCCCUGACUCUGGAGGGUGGAGCCAGUGUAACGAGUGACUAUGCCAAAAGCGUUGUGGCCGGUGAAUUUAUUCAGCACUACUGUCCUCCAAGAAGCCAACAACGUGAUCGCACUUCCCUCCGCACGGAGAAGCCAGAUCCGCUGGGUUACUAUGCAAAUUGGAGGUUUGUGCCAUAUGCCAUUCUGAUGUCCCUGUUCAUUCUCAUGUUUGUCUGCCUGGCCUUUUGCGUUUUGGAUCAGAAGGAGAAUGCCUUGCUGUCCGAAGUGCAACACAUAGAUGCUGCCACUUCACCCGCGAUGCCAACUCGCAGCUCCAGGCCAAGUGAAGCGGCUCCAGCCCAGGCUCCUCUUCAGAUGCAGUUGGCUUCCUUGCCCCAGAGAAUUUUCUCAUCUCGGCCAAUGCAGCCGCCGGUACCAAUGGGAGUACGAACACCAGGUGCCCCUAUCAUGUUGGCAGCCUGUCCUCGUCGAUAG